UACCAGGAACAAAGUGCAGCUUCUUUCUUGUGUCACUUGUAUAUUUUUCUUCCAAAACUGAGCGCUAUCAUUGUGUUCCCAUGGCAGCGGCUCAGAUAAAGACCAUGGUGAACCAGCUGGGGACCAGACAGGACACCAGUGAACUGCAGGAUCGGCUGCAGCAGACACAACACUACACCAACCAACUGGCAAAAGAAACCAACAAACACCUGAAAGAGCUGGGAUCAAUCCCUCUGCCCUCAUCGCCUUCAGAGCAAGUAAGUACUCGUUUACAUGUCCUAAUGAAAGCUGACGACAACUCUCGGGAUGAAAAGCUUGUGUCCUUUGAUAACCAAGAUGAGUGGGGUCAGAUGACCACCCAGACGGAGGAAGCGGCCAUCACAGAGGAGGACCUGGAACUCAUCAAGGAGAGAGAAACCAACAUCAGACAGCUGGAGUCUGAUAUCAUGGAUGUAAACCAGAUCUUCAAGGACCUGGCUGUGAUGAUUCAUGACCAGGGAGAGAUGAUUGAUAGCAUCGAGGCUAACGUGGAGAAUGCUGAAGUUCACGUAGAACGAGGAACAGAGCAGCUGCAGAGAGCUGCUUACUAUCAGCAAAAGUCCCGGAAGAAGAUCUGCAUCCUGGUUAUGGUCUGCUCCAUCGUGCUCGUCAUACUCGCCAUCAUCAUCUGGUGGGCGUCCAAAUGAGCCGAUGUCACGCAACCAAUGUAAUCGAUUCAGUCCCCUCCCACCUGCUUGGAAUCAAAAGAA